UCUCUCUCUCUCUCUCUCUCUCAAAUGGCCACUUGCCUUGUGUCCUCUAACGAGAGAACAAUCAACGCAAUGGUUGCAAUAGCAACUGAAAGUGAAUGUGCGGCUGAGAUCCCACACGAUGUUGCUGAGAUUGUCAUCGUUCGCCACGGAGAGACCACAUGGAAUGCCUCGGGAAGAAUUCAGGGCCAACUCGAAUCAGAGCUAAACGAGGUGGGAUGGAAGCAGGCGGCUGCAAUAACGGAGAGAUUGGGGAAGGAAUCAAAGCCGACGGCUGUGUACUCAUCCGAACUCAAGCUUGCAAAAAACAUGGCGGAGAUGAUCGCUAAGAACUGCCACAUCCAUGAGGGUGGCGGAGAGAGCUUCAAUCAGCUUUGUGAGAGGUCUGUGGGUGCUCUCGAGGAAAUUGCCUCUAGACACAAAGGCGAACGUGUCAUCGUGGUCACUCACGGGGGCGUACUGAGAGCAAUCUACAUGUCGCUCACCUGUGAGCCGACCGCCGGCAAGGUGUUGAAUGCAUCAAUCAACGUCCUGCAUCUCUCGGAGAAGAAGUUGGCCUUCGAGACAUGGAGUGACGUGGCCCACCUCAAUGAAGUGGGCUUCCUCCAGCGCGGCUUCAACGGCGACGCUUUGCCGCAACCGUAAGUGCGACUGCAUGAGCUAGAAAUGUAGUUAUUAUGGUCUGUUGUUCGUAAUUUAUUAAUAAGCACGGAGU